UCGAGAGCGCGCUGCGGGGUCGAGCACGGACACAUUUCUCCACAACACGCUAGCUAGACAAGCUUCAGCAGAGUUCCAGAGGGGUCUCGGGUCUGUUGUGAAUGUUUAGAUAAAUGACUCAAGGAAGCCGAAUAUAAUAAGAAAGCUGAACGCCGAGUAAACGGUAUUUUAGAUAAGCACGAUGUGGUUUCUUUAGUUGUGCAGUGGGGAAAUGCAGUUGGAAAGAAAAAGCAAAACUGCAGUUUUUUUUUUUUUAAGUAGAGUUACUUCUUCCUUCCCCUGAUGUGUCUCAGAAUCACAGCCUGAGCAGAAGCAACAUCUAGCCGGACCCACAAUCCCGCUUGGGAGUGAGUACAGGAUAAAACAACACGGAUAAACAUCGUCUCCAGGAUGCAGGGGGUGACCACUGGUUGCAGUCAAGCUUUACUGCAAAUUAAAUGCCGUCCUGUUGCCUCCAGCUCACCCUUGGAAAUCAGAGGUUAUCUGCCCCACCAUAACUCUGCACCAUGUCUUCAGAAAACAGAGACACACUGUGUCAACAGCACGGCUGCACUGAAGAUACCACCUGCACAAAAACCCCAGGUGCCCCCUAAGCCUGUUCAUCUUCAGACCCCUGAUCCGGACAGACGACCCAGGGCAAUCCCACCGGCACCCUCCAGGCCUUUGCCUGCGGACCCACUUCCCAAGCCAGGCAACAACUGCACCUCUGCGUGGAAGGAGGACACAGAAUCGCCCAACAGUGUGUGCUUGCUUAUUGAGAAGUUUGAAAGCUCCAGAAUACCCAUUCUUGGAGUCUAUAGGAGAAGCCAGUUUCAUCUGUCUCUUAGCAUGGAUCCUGCCCAGGAACCAGAAGAGUGUUCAAACUCUGAACCUCCGGGUUCCAGUGACUGUUCAACCGCAGAAAACCUUGCGCUCCCCGUCUCUGAAACAAUGUCCGACGAUACCGAACUCUCAAACUUAAGUGCGCUUCAGAUUGACGAUAUCAGCACAUGCAGUCUAAAGACCCCUGGGGAUUGUUCUGCUGUGAACGGGGCUGCCGGGUCCAGCGAGCUCAAUGACAAUCAGGACUCCACGUUGGAGCAGAACGGGAAUGGCAAGGUGCCCAACAGAGACAGUGGGAUUGAUAGCCCUUCGUGUAACGUGGAGGGAGAGGUGUUUUCAAACGAGGAGGCCAUCGAUGAGGAGGAGAAGAAGGAUGAGAGUGUCGCUGAGAGCGAGGCAGACACAGGGACGGUGAAUGAAGUGAAGGAGAGUUCCGUUUCAUCUGUGGAACAUAAGAGGGACUCAACACAAGACGAGGAGGACAGCGAUAUGGAUGAAGGCAGCAGCGAAGAACACGAGACAGCAGAAGUGCCAAAAACAGAACAGCCAGACGCAGCCAAGUGCACAGAGCCACAGAAAUUGUUCAACAUUGCAAGGGAACUCCUGCAGACAGAGGAAGCUUAUGUGAAGAGACUUCACUUACUGGAUCAGGUAUUUUGCACUAAAUUAACAGAGGCUGGGAUUCCACAAGAUGUGAUCACCGGAAUCUUCUCCAACAUCACUUCUAUCGAUCGAUUCCAUGAGCAGUUUCUCCUUCCUGAGCUCAAAACUCGAAUCACGGAGGAGUGGAACACAAAUCCUCGAAUAGGAGACAUUCUGCAGAAGCUGGCCCCUUUCUUGAAGAUGUAUGGAGAAUAUGUGAAAAACUUUGACAGAGCCAUGGACCUAGUGAAUACGUGGACGCAGAGAUCAUCUCAGUUCAAGAGUGUGGUUCAGAACAUACAGAAACAGGAAGUGUGUGGGAACCUGACCUUGCAGCAUCACAUGCUGGAGCCGGUGCAGCGCCUCCCCCGCUACGUGCUGCUUCUGAAGGACUACCUGAAGAAACUGCCCCAGGAUGCACUGGACAGGAAGGAUGCUGAAAAGUCACUGGAGCUCAUCUCAACAGCAGCCAACCACUCAAACACAGCUAUUCGAAAGAUGGAGAAGAUGCACAAACUGCUGGAAGUGUACGAAAGACUGGGGGGUGAAGAGGACAUUGUAAAUCCUGCCAACGAACUUAUCAAAGAGGGCCAUAUCCAGAAACUGUCUGCUAAAAACGGAACAGCUCAAGAUAGGUAUUUAUUCCUGUUCAACAACAUGGUGCUGUACUGUGUACCAAAACUGCGGCUGAUGGGUCAGAAAUUCAGCGUGAGGCAGAAGAUAGACAUUGCAGGCAUGCAGGUGCAAGAAAAUGUCAAGCAAAAUUUGACUCACACGUUUGCAAUAAUUGGAAAACAAAGGUCUUUGGAAUUGCAGGCCAGAACUGAGGAGGAAAAGAAGGAUUGGAUUCAGGUUAUCCUGGCUACCAUUGAGAAGCACAAGCAGAACAGCGAGACCUUUAACAAGGCCUUCAACAGCUCGUUCUCCCGAGACGAGGAUCACCCCUCAGACUCGCCUACUGUUGGCUACUUUUCAAUGGAUUCACUCGAUGGAAACACUUCUGCUGGUGGGAUGGAUUCUUGUAAGAAACAGCCCAAAUCAAAGAGGGAAAAAGAGAAGCAAACCUGCAAAGGCUGCAACGAAAGCUUUAAUUCCAUAACAAAAAGACGUCAUCACUGCAAAGCAUGUGGAGUGGCCAUCUGUGCGAAAUGCUCCGAGUUCAAGCCGAUGCGAGUGUGUAAAGAGUGUUUCGCAUCUCCACUGGCACUGCCUUCCAGCCCAGGACUUGAAACCACAGGGGACCAGAAGAAAAAAGCAGCCGUCGAGAAACAGAAUUCGUUAGCAGCAGAAAACAGCCUCCUGUGCAGCAGCCUUCAUUUCCAGGAGAAGGGGAAGUCCUGGCACAAAGCUUGGGUUUCCAUUACCAAAAACGAACCACUGGUGUUGUACCUGUUACCGAGCAGCCAGGAGGUUCAAUUGCCACGUGCCAUUCCGCUGCCUGGCUGUGAAGUCAGUUUGGCAACAGCGAAGCUUGAUAUGAAGCAUGUUUUCAAGCUCAGCCAAUCCCAGCACAGCAUAUUGUUCAGCGCAGAGGAGGAGGAGCUCCAAAGCAAAUGGAUCGAGAUCCUUUCUAAAGCAGUCAAAGGGGAGUCGGAACAGGAAGGCCUCUGCAGCAAAACUGAAGCGAAGACCAGCCUGUAAUCACCAGCCAGCGUGCUGCUCGUGGACUUCCAAUAGUGUGUAAUGUACAUGCAUUACUUGAAUUCACUUUUACAAUGGCACUUUUAUUUUAGAGAAUGUAUCUCCGUGUUCAUAUCUGUGUACGUGUUUUUAUCACUGUUUUCUGCCUCCUUAAAAAGAAAAUUGUUGUUUGGUUUCAUCAGUCUGGUAACAUGCGUUCAUAAAUCUAGAAACAGAAACAGUUUGUUAACUGGUGAGAGAUCUCAUAAAUACGUUGUGCACACGUUUUGGUGAAGCAUUAACUGCAUCUGCAAUUGCGAAGGUGUAUCUUGUAUUCAUUUGUAUUCAGUAUUGGUUGUAAAUGUGACCUCUCCUUGUCCAUUCAGUGGCUAUUCUGUGCGGGAUGUAUAGUAUUUUAAUUUGCUGAACAAAAGCUACUUUUUAAAUUAAGAGUUGUGAAAGCUUGUGGCUGGCCACUGUCAUUUCUCCUGUCCAUCCUUUGUGCUCUCACAAUGCAACUCUCCUUGUGCAUUUUAAGUGAUGUAAUUAUUUUACUUUUACUACUGCUAAUUGGACUACGUCUGCCGUUUUUGUGAUUUAAAUAAACAUAGCAAGAUGAAGUACUGUAGGCAGGAACAUUUACAAUUCCUAAGAAUUCAAUAGAGGGGUGGGGGGGGGGGGGGAGGGAGUUUCUGCCUGCAUGUUUAUUUGACAUAUUUAUGUACUGUGCUUUUUAAUGAACAUGUUUAAUUUUCAUCAUCAAGUACAUUUCGUUGUAAGUGGACAGAUUUUAUAUUGCUAACUGGGACCAUGCACACGAACAACAACGUAAGCAAAACAUUAAUAAAAACCAUGCAUAUGGUUCACUUUUGGCAGUUUUGGUAUAGAAAUUUGUGUUGUGUCUUGGUCUGGAUUGUCAAAAUGUUAAUCAACGCUCACACCUAUUUUUUAGGAACCAAAUACUUCAGGUUUUCACUCAUAUUAGAAAGAGCCUUGUCUCUCUGUGGUUUGUGGUGGUCUGUGAAACGAAAUUCCAAACCAACACAAGCUACCAAUUUACCACCCAUUUUAAGUCUUUCCUCUGGUAACCUAGUAGCCAUAGAUUAAGCAAAUACAAUCAGUUUUGGUUUCAUAGUUUUAUUCGUAUUUAGCCGAGAAGUUGGAUUUCAACUCAAACUUGGCAUUUGAAAUGCACUGUCCAUGAAGCUUUCGUGAAGAUUGGAUAACAUGUUUUGAUUUUCAAACAGAGAAGAUCAAUUCGUCUUGAUUCAGGCAUGGACAGUCCAAUCAGCAGAGAAGUCUGGUAAUCUUCGAAUUGAUUACUGUAAAGAACCGUAGGUCUUAGAUCAUUAACAAUUAAGAGCUCUGGAAGGUAAGCCGAUAAAGUGACCAGCCUGAAACAAACAUGAGAAUACCGUCCUGUAUACAGCUGCAUUGUAAGACUAUUUUCUAUAGUUUUAUAGAUUGAUUGCAGAAAAAGAAAAGAAUACUGGUUUCACAAAGUGAUUAGCACUCAUCUUGGGCUGCCUAGUGUUUCUUUAGGUAGAGUGCAAGUCGUUGGUGUUAAACUUUCCUUUUGCUGCUGUUUUUUUUUUUUUGUUUCCGUUAAGGGAAUGUUCCGUCUCUUGUGCUGGGGAUGACAGCAUGAUUUAUAAUAUUAGAUGCAGGUGAUGCAUCUUAUUUUCCCCUCACCUUCAAUGAAAAGCCAUAGUCUUUGCUUUUUCCUGAAUACCAGUGCAUGAAAAUAAGGCCUCUAUUCUUAAGCUGUGUUUUCAUCAUCAAAUGAGGUGUGUGUACUGCAGUGUAUCAUGCAUAAAACAUUGCAUCUAGAAAAUGCCAUUUCAAAUUGAAAGUACCGCAUUUCAUUACAAAUGACACAGGAAAAUGAUACGAAUUGAACAAAGAUCAUUCAAGGCUAUGCUGUAAAUGAGCAACCACCAAAGCAUGUUUUUUUUUCUCCCCAAACAUUUAAUUUGCAUGUUGAUAUAUAUGUUUUUUUUAUGUUUGUGGGUAAGCAUGCUGUGCACAUACUGUGUUCUAUAAUGAAAGACAAAGUGAUAAAUGAGAUCAACUGCCCAAAACAUGUAUUCAUGGACAGGAGCUACAUAAAUUUACUGUAUAAACAGUUUGCAGGAUUUACCAGCAAAAAACACUCCUGCUAGCUAUUAACAGAGCAUAAUCCAUUUCGAGUGCAGAUUAGUGGUAUUUGCCCAAAGUAAAGCAGGUUUUGUAUUUUUUAGCAAUGUCGUUUCUAGCUCCUUGUAUGUUUGUUUUACUGUGCAACCAGAAUUAUUAUUAUAUGUAAUGGAUAGUCACAAGCCUCAUGUUUUUUCGAAGGCCUUUGAAGUCCUUUGUCUGUGCCACUUAAAAAUGUCCAAAAGACACUGAAAAAGGGGUUAACUAUGAAAAGAUGCAUAUUUUAUUAGCCCAGGGAAAACAUGUGUUUAACUGCAAAGACAUACUGUAAUUUGAUUUCACACCUAGAGGCUAAAAGCCAUAUUAAAAUACUAUCCUCACCUCUCUUACUAUGCGUGGCUAUGGUAAGCUAUAUAUGCAGGACCUGCAAAGUCAUGAAAUACCAGAAACACAUUUUACCAAACCUUUCCAUCCAUUACAAAAUAACAUUAACCUGGUUAAUGAAAAUUCUUCCAGAACUGAAACAUUAACCUUUAAUGCAGCCCUAGCUCAAAGCUGGUGCUCAGUGAUGCAUGGAAUCAUAGACUAGUACUGUAUGUAUUAUUAGGGGGGCUGUUUAAAAAUGCACUUUGUUUCUGGGGAAUGUUUCAUUAGGACGUUGGCUUUGUAUCGGAAUUGGCCUAAUAAUAAAGUUUGGGUUCCAGGAAAGUAUAUAUAAACUUCCCAAUAAAAAAAAAACACAACUUGUUACUCGGACCUUGUAGCAAAACUAAGUUUCUACCUACGCGACCCUACAAAGAGCCUAGUGCUAAAUUCAAUACGGCACAGCUUUAAUCCAGUAGGGGUGCUAGUGAGCCAAGGUGGCUUUUUGAAUUGUGAUUUAUACCCUUUUUGCCCAAAUGUUAAGUUACGCUGCAGAUAGUGCUUAGAGACUUCUUCGAUGUGAUGGAGUAUUAAACCCACAGGGUACAAACUGCCAGCACUACCUUCAGGCACAGUGAUAACUGCUCUUGAUCAUUUUUUUUUUAAAAUAAUUAGUUCUAAGAUUCUAAAGAAAUGUAAAUCCAGUAGACAUUUUUUUGUCAAGUUGCAGCCCUUCUGCUAACUUCAGAAAGUUGAGACCAGCUGCAAAGAUAUGCUGCAGUUGUGUUUUGUCUUGAUACAACAGUGACUUUUCCAUCUUAUAAUUUUCUGCCCAUAUAUUACUGCAGAUGUAUUUAUUUAUUCAUUGUACGGUACCUAUUAUUCUCCGGUUUGUCACUUAACAACUGCAGAAUUCUCAUGUAAAGGAUUAUGCUUUAGCAAAUUGGUAAUCCAUUUAAAGGAGAGAAUUGUUUUGCUCCUCGUGGAAAUGCUGCUGAGUAAAGUUAAUCUUGAAUUCAGCCGAGAAAGACAGUCAAUAGACGUUCAUUUAUCUUCAUAUGUAUUACUAUUUAAUCUUCCGAUGGUGCUGCUGCUUCUUAAUAACUAGAUAAGACAUAACUCCCUUAUGGUCGUGAAUGCCUUUCAUAUAUCUGAAAGUGAUUUAAACCCAAUUUACUGAGCUUGUGCUCAAAUUGCACAGUUCCGUUUUUGCACACACAAAAAAAAUCCAAAUUAAAAAUCCAUAAUUUAGAAUGCAAUUCUGAAAACUUCUAUGAGUUUGAUAACUUAGUCAUCAGCUGACAGUUAAAAAAAAAAAAAAAAUCACCAGAUAAUUUAACAUAAUUGGAUUGACAAGACCACCUCUUCUCAGCUCUCUUCUUGGUCAGAAGAACACAUAUUCAGCUGAAACACUUUUUCUUCUGAUCUGUGUAAAUGUGGAUUACAUUAGCUUGCAUUAAUGCAAAUACAGAUCAGAAUAUGUGUAUUCGAUCAAUGCAGAGGCUGUACUAUCUUACAGCCUGCUGCUACACACUGUGACAGCGAGACCUGCUGGGAACAUUAUGAAAAAAUUAAAUACCCAGCAUGCACGUCUGCAGUUAAAAUCCUUUAGACAGUGCAAAAUAAAUGCACUUAUUCAGCAGAUGUAUUCCUUUGCAUUGCAUUUUUGCAAGGAGUGCAUAUUCCUGAUAAAAAAAAAUACAAAUAAACUCAUUUUGUCCUUGAGUCACUUUGAAAACCCUUCAGCUCAUCUGUGCGAGAUUCUCCACUGGGUCCCUGUUUGUUCUCCCAGCAUGCCAAUUUAUCUCACUGGGCAAACCUAGUAUUUUAUAAGCUCUAAUUCAUUCAGCAAAAUCUGUUGCUCCAACUACAGCUUGAUGAGCUACUUCUGGAAUCCCAACAAAUGGUAUAUUACAUUGUAUAGUAUUGUUAAUGACAAUAACAAAAAACGUGAAAAUCAAUCAAAUCCAUGAUUAGUGCUGAUUAUUCAAUACUGAAGGUAAGAAUCAACUCAGUGAGCCUUUAAAUUUCUUAGUAUUUGAUCCCCUGCUGCCCCCACAUUAAGCAGAUUGAAUUGCAAUUAAAGUAAAUCAAUAAUUAUGCUAGGCACAGAAUGAACAGAGAGAAAUAGGUUAAUCUAUUCCGAUGGACCUUCGUUUUCUAUUGUUCCCAUCCUUGACUUCGGUGACCACCUGUCUAGGUUCAGAUCACAAAAUCAUCACAAUGAAUGGGCUCAGCAUGGUUUAAAACAGUGGCCAGGGAUGGACGUGGAGACCAAACUGCUCCUUCACUCAGAACAGUCCCUAGGGGUCGGCAACGUAUAUCAAAAACAACCUGCGCGCGAGAUUCACAGAAGAAAGUGUGAAUGCUUGCAUGAAGCUAAACUUGACCAGCUAUGAACCGCACUUUAAAGAAAUGAGCAAAACCAGAAGGCAGCAGGUGUUUCAUGAAUAUAUAUAUAUAUAUAUAUAUACACACACGCACACAUACAUACAGGGUUUCAUUUGCUAUAACAAUUGGCUCUAUGCAAACAAGUCUAGACAUGAUUCCUAGAGCUGAAUUGAAUCCGCACAGGUGCUUUGAUACCGAGUCUUGAAACCACUGCCCGUUAAACAAAAACAUUUCUUAACAUAUUCUCAGCACAGCACAGGAAAGUGGUUUUCAUUUGUAUAUCAUCCCUGCCGCGGAUUUAUAUUUUGUUUUAUGACACCACUGCAGGCGAGAGACCCGGGUGCUUGCAACGAUCUUGAUUCUCUAGCAUUAAUGAACAUAAUAAAUCAUUUGGGUUUCAAAAAUAUCUCCGAGGGAAGCACACAGGCAUUUGAAUGUGUGGACUUUUGAUAAUAGGGCUACCGAAUGAUGCUGGCACAAAGAGUUGUCAUUUCUGAGAAACGCCUGCACCCAGGAGGUUUGACAGAUGCUGUAAUGGUGCUGUAGAUACGAUAGUGUGGUUAGCCUCAGAACUUUACAACAGUCACAGACUUCCUCAGUUGUCUCGCAGUUAAUGAUCCAGCUGUAUAGCUAGCAUUCAAACAAGCAGCUACAAAAUAUAUUGAGGGUGGUUAGAAAUUAUUAAUCCAUCAUGUCUUCAUCUUAAAAACCAGACGAUAAAUAAUUUUGUCCCUGUUUUUCUUUUAAUCAUGAUAAAACCAAACUGCUUCAUUUCACCUGCAAUUGAGGAUUAUGGCCAAAAAAGGGUAGUUUCAGGAAUCUAUUGUAAGUGCCUAAAUAUCAGCAUAUGAAUCAUAUAAUCAUUUUCAAAAGUGCAUUGUAUUUAACCAGAUUUAAUGGAUCCAUAAACUAAAGUGUUACCCAGGGGAGAAAUACUGCAGAAAGCAGGAAGGUUUUCAAAUCAGCGUUAUAGAGACACUACUUUCUUACCAUGCCAAUGCUUAUCUUUUUAUUUUGUAAUUGUGAAGUAUAUACACUGUGACCACUGGAGGUAUUGCUGAUUCUUAUUUUAGAAGCAGCUUUAUCAGACCUCUCUUUUAAAAUAACAACAGUAAAUGAUGUCAUGGCAACGUGCCGGCUUUGCAAGGUGUUUUAAUGAUUUGUACAAACUGAGUGUUCUGUAGUCAACGGUCUGUCUGACAUAUUUAAAUGCCAGGAUAGAUCAUCACACCUGAAUACCAUCUGUAGAACAGGUUUAACCCUUUGCACCUCUGAUCAUUAGCGCUGAGAGAACAAAACCCAAAACUCUCCUCUCAGAAAAAUGCCGAGCGGCAUUGAAAAUGUACCUGGGAAUGACAGAGCGUGCACGGGGGUUGCAUGGUAAUGGUGUUUGUAAAAUGACACGGAUAUAAUGAGGUGAAAUCAAACUGGAGCAGAAGAAGAAGAAAUAAACCAGAACUGUCAGGCAGGGAGAAUGAAACAACCUCUGUACAGUUCCAGCUUAAGAAGGUGAAUAUGCAGGUGGAGCCAAAGGAAGUGUCACAGACAUAGCAUAGACUGAGGCCCAUUGAACACAGUAUUUUAAGUAUGUCCAAUAAGACACUGAAAUACCUUCAAGAAAAGCAGUGGAAGUCUUGGGUAUGUGUUUAGUGGAUAUUUUCCAAAGAUCCCAAAUAUAUUGCAGCGCUGGUUAUGUAUUAUUAUUAUAGUUUUGUUGCUCAGACUGAAGUGGCAAAAUGAACAGAGAGCUCUUGGAUCAGGUUCCCUAACACUGGUCCCAGUCUUGUACUUAUAUAAGACUCCUCAGGCUUUAGUACACUUUUUUUUUAAAUGGUGCUGUGCACAGAGUAGCAAACUGACACAGCAUUUUCCACAACCGCAGUAUUUUAUCUCGUCCACCACAUCUGCUCCUCCAAUCUUUGGCCUCGCUUUUUUUUCUGCAAAGGAAGGUGCCCCCUACAUCGUGGUUUUUCAAGACCGCCACGCUCGUUUUUACUUGUGACUUCAACAGGAUUCAAACAUUCGCUAUGGAGGUGAGUGCAGCAAUGAACCUUGCAAGAAGCCCAGCUCAGAUCAUUCUGCAAAAUAACAACUGCACCUUAACACAGUUCUUACUAAGACAGGUGCCCACGUUAAGUACAUCAUCGUCUAUUGUAUAUGCAAUAGUAAUCCAAGCUAUCACUUUUACAUUUUUUGGUAGCUAUUGUACAGAAAAUGUUGUUGUAAAAUACUCCUGACAAUGCCUUUGAUCACACAUGCCUACAUAUUGGUAAUGAAGUACCUAUGAAUCCUAUAGUUUAAAUCCCACAUUGACAUUCCUGGCUUUUCACCAAGGUUGUAAGAGUAAGUUGUGUUCCAAUUCCGACAGCAAACAUAUCUGAUAUAACUUCAGAUCUAUAAAAAUCCAAUUAGAAAUAGAGUAACAGCGUGUGUUACUCCUAUACAUAAAAAAAAGCUUCAGGCUUUGCUUUCAAUAACAUGUUUAGGAAAGACAAUUGCAUUUUGUCAGUAUAAAUGUAAAUGAUUAAUACAAGAGUGAAAUGGAUGGGUCAUUUGAUUUGCUGGGAAGACCACAUGAGGCUUCUCAUGCCAGAAUGCCAGGAGGGAAGAAAACUGUUUCAUUAAAAAAACAAGCAUCUCUAACUACACUGUCAUUCCACUAGCACAUGUGUUUAGCAAUUCCAUUGUAAAGCACAUCUGAAGGGCAAGCGGGUUAGCAGUUCAAGUGUGCUGCUGAUUGAUGUCCAGUCUCCACAAUGUACAGUAAUCACUGACCCUGAGCUGGGAAACAGCUAAAGGCUGCAGUAGAAUACCAGCCUCGGAAUGGAAUCAAUCUCUUAGUGACUAACCCACGAGGGACGCAGCAAUCCUCUACACACUUAGACCUUUUUUCUUGAUUCUAGAAACACCUCUCAGACUUGGUCAGCCUCCUGAGAUCAAAAGCUGUAUUUCCACUACCAAGCACCUUUCUCACUAAGCCUCCAAUUAAAAGAUAUCCUUUCGUAUUUAUGUUCCAUGUUCAGGUAUCUCGCCCCCAGGGAUGUAUUUUCCCCUGUUGAGCUCCUGUGUUGCUGGUUUAGCCUGCACUGAAACCACUUUGCUAACUGUUCUCACUGAGACCUGAAUGGACCUGCAGCGAAUGGCAAUCACUGGAACAGUGUGCUGUGGAACAGGUUGUGAUUUAGGGCAGCGGAAAUAAAGGAUACAUGACAUGGAAUGGGACAUCAUGCCAAGCCAUUUAAUUGAAUGGGCAUUCAGGUAAGGUUUUUUAGCAGAGGUUUUGCUUUGGAUUGUAAUCAGGUAAGUCAUUGAUGUCACGUGCUGUCUAGACAUUUAUUUUUGGGUUGCUUGCGGGUGAGAGACUGUGGGAAAUAUAUUUUCCAUUUUUUUUAUGCUCUAAAUAAUCCUGGGGCCCAUAAAACACUGGGUAAAAUGUCAAACACAGUGGUAAAUAAAUAAAUAAACAUGAAUUAACAUUAUGGGAUAUAAAUAGGUUAGGAAAUGUACAGUACCAUUAAAAUGACAUCUGUAGUUACCUUGUACUGGGAGGUAGUAAUUUUGUGAGCAAAGUUGCAGUUAAAUCUGUAAAUUGGCAGCACAGGUGCCAAAGGCCUGUCUAUCUCGCUCGUGUAGCCUUUACAAAUGCAUUGGCCCAAAUAUAGGAAAAGCAUUUAGCUUGUCACAUUGAGAUGAAGUCUCCCUGAGGCAAAGACCCACAGUCUCGUUUUUUAAUUGGACACGGACUCUCCUGCCAUUUUUAAUUCAAAAACUAACAAACCUGAAAAUUGAACUUGCUCAAGUACACUGGAGCUGUUCUCUCUUAGCAGCUGUCAUUCAUUGCAGUGAUAAAUCGAAGGCUCUGGUGUCACAGUUACUGCUGUAAGUCUUCUGAUUCAGGCUGUGAGCGUGCAAGAUCCACGGCAUGUGUGAAGCCAUAAAACAAGAAUAAAUAAACAUCAGGUCCCUUUGCCAUUCUCACUAAAAUCAAAUUUUAAGAGAUUUUGCAAUUCAAAUACAUGGUAUCACUUGACAAGAAGGGUCCAUACAGGAAAUGUGUUGUUGUUUGACCUUUUGAUUUCCUAUUGAUUUUCAUAUGAACUAAACAUCUGUUAAAGACAUUUUCCUCAUUGUUCAUUAUGAACUCCUGCGUACAAGAAACGGCACGGAAGUUAGACCGUAUUCAUUUGUAUUGACACUGUCACGGCUGCCAAUAUUGAGUGGAAUAACGAGGUUAGUUUUGGGGGCAGGAAAUGUGGUUUUAUAAAAAAAAAAAAAAUGCCAAUCUGAUGAGCGUGACAAGCAAAUACCAGCAGUGCUGAGAUUAGCAAGGGCAGCUAGGUAUGUGGUUUUCUCUUUUUGCCACCCUCAAACCCAUCACUGCCACCUACUAGCUAGAUUGGAGGUCACUGAAUUGUAGAAGGCAAAUGUGUUGUGUUGCCAGGUUACCUAGGCGCAAUGUUACAUGUAAAUAUACCCAAGUACAGUUGAUGACCUAUUCUUAUAUACCUGCUUAUCGGGUGCUUUGGAGCACCUGGUUGAUCAGCAUUAAGUCACAGCGCCCCCUUUGGCAUGGAGUAGUCUGGACCAGAGUAUCCAGUAUAUGAUAGUGCAUCAGAUAAAUAACCCAAAUGUAUCAGCUAAACGUAGAACAAUGACUAAGAUUACAUUUAUUUUAAUGAGUCGGUUCCAAGAAUUAUCCAAGUGUAAGUGUUUCUGAUCCCAGACUGAAUGUGUGAUGAGAUUGCCUUUUAGAGUGAUGUUGUUUUUAGGGAUGUGAAAUUACUGCUGUCUGUUUCUGGUCAUCUUUCCAGGACACUCUUGUAAAUGAGGCCUCAGUCUCGAUGGGGUUAUUCCUGGUUAAAGAAUGAAUAAAUCAAUAAAUAAAUAGAACUGGA